AUGAAGCCUGGCAAGGUUACGGGUCCCUCGCAUUUCUGCGAAUGGGUCAUUGGCACCACCAUUCCCUCCGCUCUCGGGCCAAUACCAAAGCAGAAGAAACCCAGACAUCGAGAUGUGCUCAGAAUCGAGGUGACCACAGACGACGAGUCCGAAGAGGACACUCUCAGGAUCACGUAUCCCAGGACUGGGCGUACCAAGUCCGCUCACAACAAUCCCGUCUCCAACAAUCCCGACUCAACGGUCAAAAAGGUUCGCUUCGAUGAAAACACCAAGGCUGCACCCAAGAAGUCGGCACUGAAGAAGACAAAGCCCCCUGUCGAGUCAGACGAGACUUCCGAAUCUGGAGCCGAGUUGGACUCAAGCCAAUCCAGCAAGGCGAGUGAUUCGGAGGCAGAGAGCUCCGAUGAUGCUCCCAAGCCUGCUGCCAAGGGCAAGAAGCAACAGAAGAAGCAAAAGGCCUCCAGCGACGAUACCGACAGCGAAUGUGACUCCGACCCACAUCCCACUUGCAAGAAACAAACUCCAACCAAUGGGAAGAAGAAUGGGGGCAAGAAGACCAAAGAGCCCGAGACUGACCCAGAGACUUCGGAUUCGUCCAAGGAGACGUCGGGAUCUGAGCCUGAGAAGUCCCCCAAGCCCAAACCACCAGCCAAGAAUAAGCCCGUUCAGAAGAAGAAAGAAGCAAAGAGCGAAGAGUCGAAUAUGGAUGCUGAGACUUCUGAAUCUGAACCUGAAGCACCACCCAAAGCCAAGAAGCAGGAGACGGUUAAGCCUACUAAGAAGAUUGGUGGGAAGCAGACGAAUGCGUCUGAUACCGAUGGUGAGACCUCAGAGUCGGCCAAGGAUACAGACGAGGAAAGCAAACCUGCCAAGAAAGAAAGCUCUACCAACGGCAAAUCCGGAAGUAGCAAGAAGAAUGGACAGCAGAAGCAAGCACCAAAGCAAAAGAAGAAGUCGAGCAACGAGGCCAACGGCAAAGAUGAGGACAAGAAGGAAGAAAAUACUGUUGUCAAGGAAAAAGGCAAAUCUAAGAAGGAGAAGCAGAUCGAAGAGUCUGGAAAAGGGUCGUCUAAGAAGUCGAAGCACAAGGACGGGGCUAAGAAGGGCAACUAUCCAGAGGCAUUGCCAUACCCUCACCCUCGUCGUCCUAAUCUCAUCGAGCCUAUUCGCGCCGAAGUGGUUCAGACGGAGCGCGUUGUCGAGACGCCCGAAGAUCCGGCACCGAAUGCCUUCUACGACCAAGAACACAACAUUGUUCGUGUUUACUACGGGCCAGUUUACGGUAACCAUCAUGGCAAUGCACUGUAUCCCAGUCGAACUGCCAACGCCCAGCCACUCCCCAUGGGAAUACCCCAUCCCACUCAGAAUCCCUAUUACUACGGCUUCAAUAACCAACAGCAGCCCCAACAGCAGCCCCAACAGCAGCCACCACCCCCACCGCAAGGAUACGGUUAUAGCCAUGUGCCUAUCACACAAGGCGUGCCAUCCGGGCCAUGGAAUGCUAUUGUCCCCCCCCCUGGCUUCGCCGCAGGAUACACUGGUCAACCAAUCAAUACACUAAACGCCCAGGAGAUGCAAGCAGGCGGCGGGGCGUACAUGAUGUCUGGCGGUACCGGCUUUCCUCCGUCUAGCAAAGACAAGGACAAGGACGGCGUCAACAACGUUGGCCCAGAGGAGCCCAAGAAUCCUUACAUUCCUAACAGACCCAAGUCGCAGUUUAGCACUUAUGGGAGCGCCGGCCGUCGCAAUGCUUCGAGGGAGACACGCAAUUCAGGUAAAGGAGGCGACCGGGAACCCUCCAAUACCGGCUGGACCAACAACGAUGGAGCAGGCGAGCAGCAUGGCACGUGGGUCAGUGGAGCUCCGAAGACGAAUGAAUGGGAUCAAUCGAACAACAGCCAGAAGGAACAAGAAACUUGGGGAGGCUCGGCCAAGAAUUCCAACAGAAGCAACGACUCAGCACAGAGAAAGCAGGGCGCUCAUUGGGGUGAGGAUACACACCUGCAGAGCAAAUACGGUUCGAGCAGCUGGGAUCACCGCCAAGAUCGGAGCGGAGAGAAUGGCAGCAACGCUGUGGGCUGGGACAACGAACGGUCUAAGGAUGACAAGGGAAAUUCUAUUCCAGGAGGCAACGUCAUGCCUGGCUCCUGGGUUGAGACUACUACGCCUACCCCGGCAUGGGGAGACUUGUCUGCUGCAGUUGACACGGGUGGUAGGGUGGAGAACUGGUAA